AUGUUGGUGAUACAAUGGAUACCUGGCAAUUACGGGCGAAGAUGGAGGUGCCUAGAGAGAAGACAAAUAUUAGCCAGCCAAUGGAAGACCUCCCAACCAACCGGACUUGAGCCAGCUAUGGACUACUUCAUUAACGCUGAUAUACGUCCUGGAAUUGGUUGUCGUCGUAAGGUAUUGAACGUGUUUUUCAAGAAUGAGGAAGCAGAAUCUGAUCAUCACCAAUGUGACGCUCUUGAGACCUCGGGCUGUCUCCAGUGUCUCAUCACACAGUCGAGUGUCUGUUGCGAUAUUCACACACCAGCAUAUUUUGUCCCAUUCAUCUCUGCAAUCCUGAAACAACAAAAACAACUGUCACGCUCACACCUUGUCAAGUUUUCCAUGGCCUCACUUGAUUUUAAGUUGAUUGACAUGCUCAAGGACUGGCAGGAAGAAACUACUCUCAAGCUCUACGGCCAUGCUCAUUUGUAUGAUCUUGGACCUGGGAUCAUAAUGCCUAAUAGUAUUCUAGACUGCAUUGUUGAAUGCGCUCAUUUUUACAAGAUUAAAUCCACAGCCGACUUGGUCAAGGAAACUUGUUGGUCAGGAGCCAACAAACAUGGAGAUGAGAUUAUCGUGUUGAUUCACCAAGUCUGCCCACUUCCUACGCCCUUGACAUCAGCCCCACUGCAGCCUCAUACAAACCCGUCGAAUGCUAACGCAAGUGUGUCGGUCCCUCGUAAUGCGAAACGAAAGAUGCGAUGUAGUGCUUGUGGGGAGGAGGGCCAUAAUGCUCGUAAUCACCACUGUCGAGAGCAUCCUGCGAACCAAUCAUCUGCCACCAAGGAAAAUUCUGGCACAACCUGGAUUAUUAUCCCGCUGCAUGCGGGAUUAUAA